CUUUUUCCUAUUAUAUAUAUAGAACACUUUCUGUAAAUAUCGAAAUAAAAAUUUAGACAGAUUAUUUUCUUCUCACGUCGUAUACGACACGUAGAAGCUAGUAAGUCAAUCAUGACAUACAAAAAUGUUUAUAUCCAAAAAACAGUUGAGCUUUUGACUUGUGUUUACUAAGAUCUUUUUACUCAGUAUAACGUGUACUAUCUACCAUAUAAAUAUUGAAUGAUUUUUUUUAACAUUCUGAAUAUAUAAAUAGAAAAAUUUCUGAAAGAGAUUCUACUUCUAAGUUUUCGUUCUAGUUUCUAGUUUUCGAAACUACUUCUUAGUUUUCGUCUGCACUGCAGAAAAAAUAAUUAAUUCUUACGGAAAAUUGUAGUCAUUUUUUAAGCCAAUUAUGCCUUCUUGUUACUCUAACAAAAGAGUAGUAACAGCAAUAUGCACGUAAGGUUAUUAUCAGUGACAUUACAAAAAUAAUUCUCCCGACAAUAAUUCUUUUUUCUAUGUGAUUAUAUUGGGUUGAUGGGACGAAAAUUGGUUCCAUUUUUUAAUCAGUCCUUUGCAUAGAAAUCCCAGAAUGUUUACGAAUAUGGGAUCGUGCAGCUCGGAGAGCUGGCAGAUCUACAUCGAAUAAAACGCUUAAUUAAUUUAUUGAAUUUUCAAACAGAUAAAUGUUAUAUAUAUAUUUUGAUUAAAAAACGGGACGAAUUUUUACGUCAACUCAAUUGUUACAAACACUUUAUUCUUAGUGUGGUCCCCUGGUAACAGUAGAUUCAGUCGCACAAGCCGAGUUCUUUUUUCCGUGUACAGUCGGCGUCAUGUACGUUGUAUCAUUUCCUAGACGGAAAUUACACAAUUUUCAGCCUUAUACAUAAGGUUCAAAAGCAAUUCCAGUUGUAAUGGUAAGAUUACAAUAGCUCUAAUUGUAACGAUUUAAGUGCACCUCGUAUCCAACGAGAAAAUGUAUUUCUUGAGAGUUACUGAAAAGAACGAAUUGGACACGGGAAACUUUGCGAAAAAAAUGUUGCAACUUUUAAUCUGACUGACUGAAAUUCAUGUAAUUUUCGCUCGAGAGAAAUGGUACAACAUAUACAUGACGCCGAUUGUAUUUGAAUGAAUGAUAAUAAGAAUAUACGGACGAUCGCAUGGCAAAUUCGUCGCUCCAUUUCAUAGAUGUGAUAAUGCAUUCUCCGACAUUAGACAGCCGAAUCGAGUCCGCGUACCUGGCGAGCGUCCAAGUACACGGUCAAUAUGGAUAUUCGUCGAUCGUUUUGUAUCAAGGAAUAGAAAUUUGAACUCGCGAUAUAUACGUCGGUGACAUCCCGAGCUUUCGCUAUCUCGUAAUACUGGGUAAUCCGAAUCACAGCGGCGUGUUCCGAGAAUCCUCACUGCCAAUUAUGAGACUGACACUGCGUGUACAAAACGCAAAAUCCGUCGCGCGUAAACAUCGUGGCGCUUUAAUUUCAUCACGUAGAACGGAUUUAGAAAGAUAUGAGCUUGUUAAAAGUCAGUCAAACUUUGCUUGUUAUCAUAGAUCAAGGAAUUCAUUUAAUACGAAAUCUACUAUGUAUUAACGAUAAAAAUAUAUUUGUAAAGUUAAAAAAGAUAAAGAUAUAUAGAGCUGUUGCUGCCAUUCUGCGGCGUGUGUCGUCACGGAGCUGUGGUUUUUUGUGGAGGAAUUGCGAAUGACCCAGUUGACAUUUUUAAAGGAACAUUUGAAACGUCGAUUUGUGAGUGAAUUUUGGAAAUUUUAUUUGAAAAAGACAUACAAUUUCGAAGUGAAUGAAUAUUUAUCUUGAGGUCGAUAACGAGUACAAUUUCUUUCGACUUUUCACAAGUUCAAACCCUCUCUAGCCCCCUUAAUUCGCACAGUACACGCGCAGUACGAUUCCGUAUUGUCUCAGCGCAAACUUAUUAGAUCGCGAGAUAUUCGCUGCAUAAUAUCAAUGAGUUAUCUCGAAUGAAAGAAAGAAAUAAGAAAGCCAUUCCGCAGGUGCAGUAGUCACUGCGGUAAAAAAAAAACUCUUUCGAGGCAACGCGCAAACAACAUUCAUGAAAAUGGAUGAUUACUUCACUCCGGAGGGUUUUCCAUUCGAACGAUAUUAUCUCGUCGAAAUGUAUGUUGGAUCGAUAUCGUAGUAGAAAACGCAGAGCCCGAUUAUUUUGUCAACGACCGCGUGCCAAUGCGCGUGAAUUCUGUCAUAAAUAGCUUUGCGGAAUGCAGACCGAUGCAAGUCGGAUUAUGGCAACAUUUUGAUCAUCCUAAAGCUAUACUCGCAGGUAUUUCGUCAGAGACGGUGGAGUAUUGACAGAAAGUGAAACGGAAAGCGUUCGUGCAAGUUCGUGAAAAUGAUCUGAGGCCGUGAUACAAUCUUAUCAGGUUAAAAUCGUCUCAAGUUCAUCUCCAGAUGCUCUGUAGAUAGAAUGUCAACGAAACGAUCAACAUCUGAAGAUGAACUUCAAACCAUCUUAAAGUGUCCUCACUUUGGCUGUCCUUAUUUGAUGACGUCAGAAAUCGCAUGCCAAAAUAUAUGUGCCAAAGUGAGAACACAGCAGUCUUAAAUAUAAAAUUUAACUAUGAAUACCGUCCUAAGACUGAACGAUCCAGGCUACUGACGGAUUUAUAUAGAAACUAGUAGAGACGCUGGGGCAUUAAGGCCCUUAUUGAAAGGAGGACCAAUCCCCUCUUUUCAUUUGCUUACUCGCAGUUAAAAAGGUUCCUAAAAUAGUAUUAGCAUCAGGCUCCAAAAAGUCACUGUCCGCCACUGAUCAAGAUUCUUCGUUAGCAAGUCGUUAAAAUAAAAUCAAAAAAGGACUCGUACUAGAACUGCCUGAGUGUUUCGAUCAUCAUUAUUUCACCAAAGAAGAUCGGAAUGACGGUCGAAACUAGUUCGUUUCAACAGCUAUAGAAGGAGUCCUUUUAGGUGCCCUUUUUUUUAUUUUAUUUCAUCUUCACGAAUAAUUGCGUUUUGCAACUGAGAUCUUGCGUUAUGCUCUUCCCGAGUCGAAAUUUAAGAUAGCAAAAUACAUUUCAUUCUAAUGAUAAUUUACUCUUACUUUGAUCACACACGAUGAUGUUUUAAGUUUUCGUUGGUUUUAGCGGUAAAAUAGGUUGUUUUGAAUAUUUAUAUGAAUUUAAGAGGAUCAUAUUAAACUAACGGAAGCGAUUUCUAUUCUCUGUUGAAUAGUUUACUUCGCUAUCGAUAAUACACACACGUGGGAAAAAUAAUUUCACUGUACAUAGAGGUUUUAUCGUGCGAGACGUAUUGAAAUUGUAAAAAGAUAUUUGCGAAGAAUAGAAUCGAAAUCUGUUUAAUUUAUGUACAGUUUCGAGUUACGUUCAAAGCGGGAGCGGAAACGGAUUUCGGUGAGAAUAUUAUAGUUAUUACGAAUUACACACAUAGUGAUAAUCAGACUAGUGGUAUACACAACAAUGAUAUCCGAUUGGUGAAAACGAAGAAAUACACAAAUAUGUUUUAUAGAGCAGAGAUGGAAUGAUUGAAAGUCCGCGAGUCUGCGUACAUUACAGCGCAAAGAGAACUCGAGUUUGCGCAUACGCAAUCUUCGUUGUUACCACAUGAUCUCGCAGGGGAUCACGCAUGGGAUUGUUGUGAAUGGCGAUUUGCGGUCGCGGUGAUAUUACAUUUUGAAUCGUCCUGCCGCGACGUCAAAUAUGUCAAAAUGUGCAAUAUUAAGUACUUUGGUAUCAAGGCUCAAUUGUUGUUAUUGUUCGGUAAGCUUUCAGCGUAAUAUAUCAGUUCGCCAACAGAGACGCAUAUUAUAGUGUGAAUAAAAUAGAUGGUUGAAGUAAGAUAUUAUUAAAUGAGACUUGUGGGUUUCUUUUAAUAUAAGGAUUUCUUUCAAGGAGAUGAUAUAUAGUUAUGUGAUUAAUAUUAUGUUACUAUUAUAUAUAUAGAAUUUAUUAAUAAUAAUUAUUUAAAUUAUAUCGUAUUAAUUUAUCAUCGGUAAACUGUGUGCAAACUUGCAACACGCGUCUUUACUUACAUUGUAUUAGGUUGUUCGGGAAGUUCAUCUCAAAUUUCGCGCGCUUCGCGUUGCUAUGGUAAUCAAUGAGAAUGAAUGCGGUCCAAACGAUUUUGUUUGACAACAAAUCUUCCCGAAUCUGUGAGCCUGCCGAGGGAACUUCGCAGGCCUUCUUAACUGCAAACAUUUCGGCAGAAAUCAGGUGGAAAGAUGGAGAACCAGAAGGUCCAUUUUUACUAUGUGAUGCUGGAUUGCUUCCAUAUACUCGUAUAUAUAUAUAUAUAUAUAUACACACAUGCAUACAGAGUGCAGCAUUUAAAUUGAAACACUCUAAUAUAACAAAAACUAAGUAAAAUGGAAGGAAAUGUUUCAGAUAAAAAUUGGAGGGGGAUAUAUUUUGGUGACCUCAACUUCGUUGUAUUGUCAAUAAUUCAAGGUCAACUUAAUUUUUUUCAUAGGAGUAUAGUAGUAGUAGUAGUUUUCAUAGGAUUAUAGUAGUUUUUUUUUUUUUUAAUACAGAUCGAUUUAUCUGUUCAUUCUGCGUAUAUAAAAAUAUUAAGAUGAGGUGAUCAAAAAGUGAAUACUUUGUGAGAUAGAAGUUAAAAUCGUCAAAAUAUGUCUCUUUCCAAACCCUAUAAUUUAUGUCUGAAACAUUUCUAUUUUGCUUUAUUUUUUUUAGACGUCUCAAUAUAAAUGCUCCACUUUACAUAUAUGUAUAUAAGCUAUAACUUUUUUAUUACUUCUGUACCGAAAUACCAGUGCAGUGUGAAGAGUGUUUGUAAUAGAAUGCCGUGACGAAUAAGAAAAAAAAAAAUAGAAAUAUAUCCAGAAUAAAUCCACUGUCACUAUUUUCCUUUUUUUACACUAACUAUAGACGAUAUAAAAACAUGUUGAUUAUUAAAAAUUGUUGUAAAAUACGCGAUGAAAGAAGGAGAUAACACUCAAUGUUAUAUAAUAUAUACGAAUGCGAAAUUGUAACAUAAAUAUAACUGAUGCUCGAUGUUGACUGAGAAGUUACGAAAUUUAACGUUCACGACUCUUUAAUUGAUCACAUCUUUUAUACUCCUUGUUAUGCGUGGGUUUUUUUUUCUAUAAACAAAACUGAGCGAUACUAAUCAAAGUUACGAAUGCAUUAUUUUGCGUGAUUAUAAAUUUUAUUAGAUGAAUAAAUAAAUAAAUAAAGUUUAUUUAUAUGAGAGAAGACUCGCUUAUAAAUUUCUAUAGAAUGUCAGCGUAAAAACAGUGAUAUCGCAAUAUAAUCUCUCCGUGUAUGAUAACGUGAUAAUUGCUGAUACGUGCGAUAUAAAAAAGAUAUCCCGAAGUCACUUAUUACGACAUAAUCCUCAAAGAGUUUCGUCGAGUACUAUUCUUACCUCGAUUACAACUUGUCGGCGAAUUAUUCGAAUCGAUCGACAGAUCACCGUUCGUACAUACGCGAGUCCUUUAUUUGCAGCGUGAUGUUGCGCGACGAUUGGCCGGCCUGCUAGCGAGUAAAUGUCUGUAAACGCCAGUAAUGUACCGUCAUGGCGACGCUGCCGCCACGAAAAAACCCAACUCCCACAAAAAUUUCGAAACAGCACCUGACACCUCUGCAAACACUCCUGCAGCUGGGCUUCCCGAAACACCGAGCGGAGAAGGCGUUAGCUGCGACAGGACAUCGUGGUGUGCAGUUGGCAUCGGACUGGCUGCUGGCUCACGUGCGCGAUCCAACAUUGGACUCUGACACACAACGGCAGUACGUUCUAUACGCUUGUCCCAUCGGACCGUUGGCUAAACAGCUCGAGCUCUUUUGGUCGGAAAGUAAAGAACUGGGGUGGAACGGUGCUCACAACUUUAUACCGCACAUCACUCUUGUUCCCUCCUUCAACGCUCCCGACAAAUUCACCGAAGAAUUAGCGAAUGUUCUCGAGGAUGUGGCAUAUCAGGACAGAUUGCACGAGCAUAUCGAGCUAGAGACGUAUGUAUCGCCCAACUUCAUGGGCUUCUUUGUGAAGGAUGUCAAUGCGGAAUGGCUGAGGAAUAUCGCUGUUUGCUACGUGAAUAAACUCGCCACUCUGGGUGUCACCGCCGAGCCGCAAGUAACGUCUCUGCACCUCACGCUGGCUUACCAGUUCCCCAGCAGCUUGUUUCCGUCCCUUCGCUCAACAGUCGAGAAGUUAAGUCCGAACACGCCGGCCAACUGGGAGCUCAGGUUAUACUCGAGGGACUCGAGACUGCAGAAUCUGCACGUGCACAAAGUGACACACGCCCACGUGCCCCGGGAGCACGACGAGCUGGAAUUACGAGUGGGUGAUUACAUCUACAUCCGGGAGGGUGCAUGCAACGUGUCCACGGACGGUUGGGUGGAGGGUAUCUCCUGGUUGACCGGCACGUCCGGUCACCUGCCGUUGAAUCACACGAAGAGAACCGCGGAGUCGGACUCGUGGACGCUGCACGUCACCGUAAUGCUCACCGACGAUAAACGAUGCGCGGAGGAGGGAGAGGUGGUGCCGCGAUUCAGGAGGCCGCCGGUCCUGUCUCCGAGCGAGUCCGCAGAUACCACCGACGGCAUCGAGCAGCCGGUAAUCGAAGGAUACGAGGUGAGUCGAUCGGCGGACCUGCCUAAUCUAAUCUAUAUCCGUCCCGAAUGGCAGAUGGCAGCGUCGAGGGAGAUCUUCAUAUGUCGACACGGCGAGAGGGUGGACUUCACUUUUGGCUCGUGGAUCCCGUACUGCUUCGAGUCGAACGGCUGCUACGUGCGUCGUGACUUGAACAUGCCCAAGGAGAUACCGGCCCGGAAUAUCCAGGACUUCCAGAAUGACUGUCCCUUGACCACUGUUGGCGAGAUGCAGGCGAACUUAGUAGGCGAGGCCAUGAAGUCCGCCAGUGUUAAGAUAGACGUUGCCUUCGCGUCGCCUUCGUUGCGUUGCGUUCAGACGCUUGCUUACAUCCUGAAGGGCUUGCAGUCGGACGUUCCCAUCAAAGUGGAGCCAGGCCUCAUAGAGUGGUUGGCGUGGUAUCCGAACGGCAUACCGCUUUGGAUGACCUCCGAGGAGUUGAUGAAAGCCGGCUUCAACGUGGACACCGAUUACGAUCCGAUCGUGAAGACGAAGGAGCUCCCGCCGAAAGAGAACGCUGCGCAGUAUUAUGAGCGGAGUUACGACCUGAUCAAGAAGAUCAUAGAGAGCACGGAUGGUAAUAUCUUAAUAGUGGCGCAUGCAGCUUCCCUGGCCGCCUGCACCAAACAAUUGACCGGUGGUAGGAUACCCCCGGCGGCUGAAGUCACUAGAUUAGUUCAGAGAGUGCCUUACCUCGCGUGUUUAACCGCUCGCCAAGGUCUCGACGGCUGGCAGCUGCAUCCUCCUCCUUUCCCGCCGAUCACCCACACCGGUAACAGCAGAUUCGACUGGAAGGUUCUCACGUCAUGAACGAUGUACUAUUUACGAGCUUCCUUUUUAAGAAGAGACAGAGCCUAUAUUUACGAAAAGACUGUUCUAAACUCGAUGCAUUUUUCCCUGACAUUGAGAACUAUACAGUAUUCAACGAAUUGAACAAAGAGAAGAAAAACAAGAUUUCUCGGAAGACUAUGCGAAGUAUGAUAAUAGCUAGUCGAUCGAUCGACCGAUCGUUAAGACAACGAUGCUUAUUUCCUCAGAGGAUGAUCGAUACGGGUAUUCAGAGGUAUAGUUUUGUCCCAUUUAUUAUGAAUAUAUAGAGCGAACACUAGCCAAAAUGUUAUCGUUAGUACAUUAUAUACGCGCACAUAUAAUGUACUAAUCUGCUAAAUGUUUAAUAUAUAGACAAUGUACUAGUCUUAAUUCGCGACAUUUCUUUGCCGAACUUUCGAGGAGGUAUUAAAGAAAGAAAAAAAAAAUACUAAUUUAAUACUUUUUAAUGAAUGUAAUUUUAUUAAUGUAUUUUCCGAUCAGCAUUCGUGUAUUUGUCGUAUUGCUCUUUGACAUGUUAUAUAUGUUAAAUAAUAUAUCUGUAUUAAACUUAUAUGACCACAUAGGAAAUCGGCACAUAUAUGCACGUUAUUCAUAAUUAUCUAUUCAUAGAGAAAUACGCGAACCUCAGAUAAUCAAGUUACUUAAAAUAUUUAAAGAUACGACCUGUCUGUUAAGUAUGACAUCUAAUUUAAUACUGUGUGCAGUUACAUGCAGAGUGAGAAUGUACAUACACAUGGUAUUCCAAGCCUCAUCACUUUCAUUUCACGUUCUCUCAACAAUUUGGAAAUAAUUUUUUUUUUCGUUGAAAAUAUCGAGGGAAAUCAUUAUUCAUAGCGACUUUUCAAUUAUCAACGUAAUUUAUCUUUGUGACUAAAACUUAAGCUAAACUGUUACGAGCCCACUCGAAAUUGAUCGAAGAAAAUCUUGUUAUCUAUUUAGUCGUUUGAUUGACAAAAAACUUUAUUUUUACGAUUGUUAAUAUCUCGGUAAUUAUUGACGAGUCGACGUUUUCACUGCGAAAAAAUUAACUCUAAAUUACUCAGAGAACCUACCAGUAAAGUUAAAAUCGCGAGGUUUGGAACGCUUGGAAUACUUGUAUAAUAUUAUUAUCAAUGUUACCUUUUACAGAGAAUUACAUUUAUAUGUACAUAUUUAAAGAUGAAAUUUUCACGUAUGGUUAAAAGUAUGUUUAACAUUGAUCUACUUGAGAUAAUUCUUCAAAUAUCGCUAAGAGUUAUACAA